AUGGCGGAUGAGAAGACUGAAAAGUCUCCCCCACCGAUGAUGGUGGAUGAGGAGACUGGCACAGCAGAGAAAAUUGACCCGACAAUUGCGGAGCACGCGAAGGAUGCAGACGAGGCAUUGGCGGUUUUCGAAGACCUCCAUGGUGAAGUUAUCACACUCGAUGAGGAGACAAACAAAAGGAUACUUCGGAUAAUUGAUUGGCACAUCAUGCCGAUCAUGUGUCUUGUCUAUGGAAUGAAUUUCUUAGACAAGACAACAUUAUCCUAUGCUAGUAUUAUGGGCAUCAAGACAGAUUUGAACCUCGUCGGCGACGAUUACCAAUGGCUUGGCAGUCUGUUUUAUUUCGGCUACCUGGCAUGGGAAUACCCGACCAACCGGCUCCUCCAGAGACUUCCACUGGGAAAGUACUCUGCCGCUUGCAUUAUAAUAUGGGGAGCGAUCCUAUGCUGCUUUGCCGCAGUCAACAACUUCUCUGGCGCCAUUGCUAUCCGAUUCUUUCUCGGUGUCUUUGAGGCGUCUGUCACCCCCGGUUUUGCUUUGCUGACCUCUCAGUGGUAUACCAAAGCAGAGCAAGGCAGUCGAGUCAACAUCUGGUUCAGCUUCAACGGAUGGGGUCAGAUUUUUGGUGGCUUGGUUGCGUAUGGUAUCGCCGUUGGGACCGACCGCCAUGGCUCUUCCAUUGAGCCUUGGAAAAUUAUUUUCCUCGUGACUGGCCUUUUGACUGUUUGUCUGGGACUGAUAUUCCUCUGGGUCGUUCCAGACAAUCAGCUCAACGCUAGAUGGCUCAAGAAGGAGGACCGCGUCCUUGCCCUUGCGCGUGUGCGUGUCAAUCAGCAAGGAAUCGGAAACAAGCAUUUCAAGAUUCACCAAGUGAAGGAAGCUUUGUUAGACCCUAUGACAUGGGCCUUUUUCUUCUAUGCCCUCAUCGCUGAUAUUCCUAACGGCGGUAUUACGAACUUUUUCAGCCAAUUGAUCACUAGCUUCGGAUACACAGAAGAACAAAGUCUUAUCUACGGUGUUCCCGCCGGUGCCAUCGAAGUCAUCUCCCUGCUCGGAAGUGGCUUCCUCGGACAGUACACCAACCAACGGCUGCUCUGCAGCACAGGCGGUCUCAUAGCUUCUAUCAUCGGCAUGAUACUCGUCGUUGCACUCCCUCUUACGAACAAUGUUGGUCGGUUAUUAGGCUACUACAUGACGUUGGCAAGCGCCACGCCGUUUGUGGCACUGCUCGCCAUGAUUUCGUCUAACGUAGCUGGCUACACAAAGAAGACGACUGUUGCGGCAAUCUACCUCAUUGGAUACUGUGCAGGAAACAUUAUUGGCCCUCAAGUCUUCCGUCCCCAAGACGCACCCCGCUAUGUUCCUGCAGAGAUUACCAUCAUCGUCUGCUGGGGCGUCUGUCUGUUCAUUCUCGCGUUCAUCUGGUGGUGGUACCGUGUACAGAACGAGAAGAAGGCCCGUGUCCGUGCAAGCCCAGGUUACGCGCCAAUGGAGAACCAAGAAUGGAUGGAUCUUACCGAUUGGGAGAACCACGAACUUGUAUAUGUGCUGUGA